AUGUUUACACUUACCACUCCACUUUCUCGUAAGAUAAUUUCCACCUUGAACUGUACUCUAUUUGCUCCGAAGAGUCAAUUUUAUUUCCAUUUCGAUUCAUUUGUAUUUUACAAGCAUUUUAUUUAUUCUUUCAUAAUGGCAAGCGAUCUUGACAAUAGUUUAAGCGUGGUUCGCAAAACCACUCCAUGUUUACCAAGUUCUGCAAUGUUUCCAAUGUUAACUAGUCCUGUACAGGGUGAUGUUAUUAAUCGUUCCGGGACAGACCACUGCGAAGGCAUCGGUCUCAAAAAAUCUAACAAAUCCCGAUCUCACAAAACCUCAAGUGAUAUUCGUGGGGGAUUACAUCGUCUUCAUUGUCUUGCUUGUGGUUGUGUUUCGAGAUAUCGCGAAGAACCUUUAGAUAUUUCACUUCCCUCAAAAGGUGAUGGGUCUCUUCCUGAAAAAAAUCUUUCUGCUAUUGCUCCGGCCGAACAGCAUACCGAAUCAUUGAAUAAUAACAUUUCACUCGAAAGUUUGCCUAAUGAGAAUCUUACCGAGAUUUCAAAUUCUAAAGAUGAGGAGAAUCGUCGCACCCCAUUUUCUCGAAUACGCACUUACUUUUCCAAGCGUCGACGAAAACUCGAUUUGCCCAUUUCUGAUGGUGAAGUUACGCCGGCAAAUUCCUCAAACAAAGAAAAUUCUAAUCCCACCCAACCCUCCCCUAACCCGGAAAAUGAUUUGAAGGAACUGCGUCAAAAUUUGCUCGGCUUGCAGAAAGAAUCUGACAAAGGAAAGAAGUGUUUUAUUAUUGAUCUUGAUGAAACACUUGUUCAUAGUUCCUUCAAGGCUGUCGACAAGGCGGACUUUAAGGUAGGCGUGGAGAUCGACAAUGUGGUCCACCAGGUCUUCGUCCUCAAACGGCCGCAUGUUGAUGAAUUCCUCCGGGCAAUGUCUGACAUCUAUGAGUGUGUCCUCUUCACUGCAAGUCUUUCCAAAGGUGGUGUUGAAGAUCGACAUUCAGGUGAUUAA